UUGCAGUGAAAUAACCGUUGCACUUUUCAAAAGAUUUUACGAUUCUUACGUCUUUUACAUCCGAUAUACCAACUCAUUUAUUACCUACCUACCAAACGUCGUGGUAUCAAUUUAUUUAUGCUCUGAAUAUUUAAACAUGGAGGAAAUGAAACAACUAGCAAUGACAUUAAUGCAGAGUAGAUCGUUCAAAGAGCGACAAGAACGUCUAAGUGAUUCACUCGAUUAUCUGUCAUUCAACUAUCCUGAUCUCUACACUGUAUGGUUUAGAGAGAUGAAAAGACGAGAGUUGGAAUCUAAUGAUCCAAAUAAAAUUACUAAAUGGUUAAGUAAUCCAUCAUCUAAAUCAUUUGUAAAACUUCACGAAGCAUUGAUGUUGGUUAAAAAUAACAACAUAAUGGCCAAAGAGGAGUACAUGAAUAAUUUAAGGCACAUGCUAAAUCAAACAAUUGAAAAUGGUACCAACAUUGAGGCAGCAGUGAAAAUAUGCCAUUUAAUCGAGAAAUCAACAAACUUGAGCAUCAUUCAUGAGAAUUUGAAACAUCUAAUUCGUCAAGUAAAUCAACUGAACAAAAGUCAACGUCACAUGCCAACAGAAACCUUGACAGGAAACUUUUGGACAAAUAAUUUUAAUUCACCACAAGUAGACCCUUUCGAAGGAUUCAAUUUUCAGUCUGCUCAACACGUGAAUACCCCUGUUUGGCCAAACGUACUGCAAUCGACAAAUUUAAAUAAAUCUGUUUCUGCUGGUCUUCCACACUUUAGCAUGGAAUGUUUUGGGUACAACCAUCUGGAAAUGAUCGCAAAGACAAACAGGGCCACUAUUUUUGGGGACUCACAGCCACUAAUCGACCUGACAAUCCUUAAUCAAGAAAUGGACGGAGCAGUUGCUAAGUGGCUUCACUACUUAAAACUACAUAAAUACCAAUGGUUCUUCAAUAGUCUCAGUUAUCUUGAAAUUGUAUUCAUUGACGAAGACAAUAUUGACGAUUUCAUUGCUAAAGUUAACAAAAAUUCCAUUACAAAAGGCGCACAAAAAAAGAUCUGCAUAUCAACAAAGACAUUGCGAGAUCGGCCACAAAAGUUGAACGACUUAUUAUUGGCUUUGGAUUUGGAAGUAACGCCAAAUGAACUGUGUGAAUUCAUGUCAUACAUGCGAGACAUAUUGCAUUAUCCCAUACCAAACAAGCAUUGUGUUGUUGGCGACCAAUUACAACAAGACAUAGUCCUUGUCAUGGAGAAAUUGUUAAAUCAGCUGCUAGAAAAGCUCGGUAUGGUCCGUUCUUUAGUCGCCCAGAGUCUACUCGGAAUGUCUAUCAAUAAAUACUUGGAGUGCGUCUUAUUAAUAAUCGGUAAUCAGACUUUUAUGAAACAGCAAAUAGAAAAAUCAUUGAUGUUUGCUGAAACCUUGAAAUAUAAAAUCCAUAGAAUGCCUAGAAACUUUAACUAAUGUGUUCAUUUUAAUCUUGCCAUCGAAACUUCAUAUUACAUAUGCAUUUUUUUUUUAGUUUUAAUAUUGUUGUUAGUGACUGA